UUAGAUUAAAUAUUGUACCACAUUUACCACCUGUGAUUUUUCGCGUUUUAUUUUCGUAGGCGGAAUUUCCCUGCUUCCGCUGCUGGGUUAAAGGCUGGGUGUGUCCCUGCAGCUGCUCGAGCCCCACCCUCUCAGUUGUUGUUGUAGUUAUUAACAGUCGCGCACUGUGGCUCGUGCUAUCAUUCUGUGGUUUGUGCCGAGAGCUGCCUCGUCGCGCGCAUGCAGCAGAAUGGCUCGAGCGGGUCUAACGGUUCUGAUGGCUGCAGCAGGGAGCGUCAGUCUCUGUCCUUCAGCCCACUGCCCGCCGCUACUACACGGGUAAGACGUUUCAUUCAGGAGAGACGGACGCUGCCCCUACCCAGAGUGAUGGUGGUAUUCUCGGCCGCAGGGGACACCGAGAAACCGAGCGAUGCCAUGUCCAGCUCGGACUCUGCGGAGGACGAUUUCCGAAAGCCGGCCUCCCCCUCGCCGAACCUCACCCUCAGCAAGCCGCUCCGCUCCCCGCUGAACACACAGGAGCAGGAGUUUCCAGAGGUCAUCUCUCUGAAUGUUGGGGGCAUGUACUUCACCACUCGCCUGUCCACGCUGCGGCGAUAUGAGGACACCAUGUUGGCUGCCAUGUUCAGCGGGCGUCACUACAUCCCACGUGAUGCUGAGGGACGCUACUUCAUCGAUCGGGAUGGAGCAUACUUUGGGGACAUCCUGAACUUCCUCCGAGAAGGUGAGCUUCCCCACAGGGACCGAGUGAGAGCGGUGCACAGAGAGGCUCAGUACUACGCCAUUGGUCCGCUGCUGGACAGCCUGGAGGAAAUUCAGCCGCUCACGGGAGAGAAAGUUCGACAAGCUUUCCUCGAUCUGCUGCCCUACUACAAAGACAAUCUGGAGCGCAUCGUGGAAAUUGCCAAACUGAGGGCCAUGCAGAAAAAGGCAAGAUUUGCGAAGCUGAAGAUCUGUGUCUACAAGGAGGAGAUGCCAAUCACGCCAUAUGAGCGUCCUCUUUUUAACUCUCUGCGCUUUGAGCGCUCCGACAGCGAGGCCAAGCUCUUUGAGCAUCACUGCGAAGUGGACGUUUCCUUUGGACCUUGGGAGGCAGUGGCAGAUGUUUAUGACCUGCUGCACUGCAUCGUCAGUGACCUGGCAGAGCGCGGCAUCACUGCCGAGCAGCAGUGCAUUGGUGUCUGUGACAAACACCUCAUCAACCAUUACUACUGCAAGAGACCCAUCUAUGAGUUUAAGAUCACGUGGUGGUGAAAGCGUGAGGGAGACGGUCGUGGCCGAUUGGACCAAAAAGCAAACGGAUGGAUGGUCCAUUUUUUAUAUAAUUCAGCUGAUAUUGGUUUUUGUAUUGAAGUUGCCAAUAAUUUGUGCUGACGUCUUAAAAUGUGACCCUUUAAAUCAUGCUCCAAUAUACAAAUAUUCUGUGUUUCCCCCAAAUAUUCUUCUUUUCUGUCUAUGACACAAACAAAUUACACUCAGUUGGUAGUUUAUUAGGCACACCUAUCUAAAACUAAUGCAGUUCUGCAAUAAAUGUUGCAACUAUUCUAGAGAGGUGUUGAGUUAACUGUAUGAUCAUUUCAUAGUUUGUAGGUUGUGGUGCCGCUGAACUGUAUUGCAGUUUGCAGUGUUUUAUGUUGUUUAGCCUACCCUCAUUGAUAUAAAUGGGGUGGACAAAGUAAUAGAAACACCUGCCAGUAUAAUGCAACUAUGCCUCUAAAAUGAUCAUACAUUUGAAUCAACACCCCUUCAACUAAAACUGAACAGCUGUAGCAAGGUGUACCUAAUAAACUGAGUGUAAAUACCAACUCUUUCCGGGGAAUUCCAGGCCGAUGAAAAAUCCUACUAAUGCUUUAAAGUGGUUUAACUUCUCCUCAGUGAUGUACAGUG